CUGCUCGGUUCGGACCCAGUGUUUGUGCUCGGACAGACGGGGCUCAGGAUGGCGGCGCCCGGUGUGACUCGCCCCGGAGGAGGCGGAGGAGGAGGCGGAGGCAGCGCGGGGAGCAGCCCGACCCUGGCCGCGGGGAGAGGCCUGGAGGCCGGACACGGGACCGGACUGGGCCCCGAGCUCGACUUCAGGUCUGGGGCUCGGAUGGAGGAGCUGAGUCGUCUCAUUGUGGAGCUGAGUAAACACGAGCAGAGAGAAUACGACGACCAGCGAGCGCUGGAGAUCCACACGGCCAAGGACUUCAUCUUCUCUAUGCUCGGGAUGGUGCAGAAGCUGGACCAGAAGCUGCCCGUGGCUAACGAGUACCUGCUGCUGUCGGGCGGAGUGAGGGAGGGCGUGGUGGACCUGGACCUCGAUGACCUCACCGUUUACGCCCGCGGCGCGGACUACGACAUGGACUUCACGCUCCUGGUGCCCGCGCUCAAACUGCACGACCGGAACCAGCCCGUGACCCUGGACAUGCGGCACUCGGCGCUCGGGCACUCGUGGCUCUCGCUGCGGCUCUUCGACGAAGGAACCAUCUCCAAGUGGAAGGACUGUUGUACCGUCGUCGACCACAUGAGCGGCGCCACAAACUACUUCUUCUCCCCGACGCUGGUGUCGGACUGGUUCCACGGCGCCAUCGCGGCGGUGCUGUCGGAGGUGCAGAAGAAGCCUCAGAGGGGCGUCCCGAGGGUGGAGCGGGUGGAGCGCAGCGGGACCCUGAUCUCCGUGAUCCUGGGCGUGGGCAGCAGCCGUAUGCUCUACGACAUCGUGCCCGUGGUGUCCUUCAAAGGCUGGCCCGCCGUGGCGCAGUCCUGGCUCAUGGAGAACCACUUCUGGGACGGGAAGAUCACGGAGGAGGAGGUGAUCAGCGGGUUCUACCUGGUCCCGGCGAGCUCGCACAAAGGACGCAAGGAGAACGAGUGGCGGCUGUCGUUCGCCCGCAGCGAGGUGCAGCUGAAGAAGUGCAUCUCUCCGUCGCUCAUGCAGGCGUACCAGGCCUGCAAAGCUCUGAUCAUCAAACUCCUGUCCCGCCCUAAAGCCGUCAGCCCGUACCACCUGCGCAGCGCCAUGCUGUGGGCGUGCGACCGCCUGCCCGCCUCCUACCUGUGCCAGGACGAUUGCGCCGCCCACUUCCUCUUGGGGCUGAUCGAAGACCUGCAGCACUGCCUGGUGAACAAGACGUGUCCGAAUUACUUCAUCCCUCAGUGUAACAUGUUCGAGCACCUGUCGGACGACGCCGCUCUGCUCCACGCUCGCCGCCUCAGCUCCGUGCGCUCCGACCCCGCCGAGCACCUGCGCACCGCCAUCGAGCACGCCACCGCCAUCGAGCACGCCAAGGCCGCCCACAGGCUGACGCUGGAACUGCAGUGGCGCGGCAGCUCCGCCUCCCUCCCGUCGCCGCAGUCGGACGCCGGCGGCGACUCUCAGCCCGACGACCGAUUGGCCAAAAAGCUGCAGCAGCUCGUGACCGAAAACCCGGGAAAGUCAAUCUCAGUGUUUAUAAACCCCGACGACGUCACGCGGCCGCACUUUCGCAUCGACGACAAGUUCUUCUGAAACUCAAACUCAACUCUUUCCUCUGAAGCCCCCGAGUCCCGAGUCCCGAGUCCCGAGUCCCGAGCCCCGAGUCCCAAGUCCCGAGUCCCGAGCCCCGAGUCCCACAAAACUCACACGAGCUGAAGUCAUGAAACUCAGAGCUCAGUCUGGAGCUUAAGUAUUACAUCAUCACACUCAUGUUUCAC